AUGAACAAUUUUAGGAAAAGCUUCGUGUGGGGUACUUUGUUUAUCACGCUCUUGUUCUUAAGCACUAUGAGGGCAAAAGAGAGCUCAAGGCCAUUGAUUACACCAAAUCCCAAGGAAAUGAGCUUUGGAAGCCAGACGGUUGAAAUUAAGGACUGCCUUCAUAUUUCUUCUAUCGGAAAUGACUAUGGAUUCUUGCAUAACUUGACCCAAAUCUAUGAUAGUAUUUUCUUCAAGAACCAGAACAGUGGGUUCGGAUCUUCUUGCUCCAAUAACUUACUUUUGGAGGUAAAAAAUUCUUUUGUGAUGAUGCCUGCGGGAUUUAAUCCUAAAGACCAAAGCUAUAAGCUAGAAGUGAUGUCUAAUGGUAAUAUUCAUAUCGAAGCUCAGUACCAAGUUGGUGUUCUAAGAGCUAUGGACUCACUUGCCCAAAUUCUUGAUCACUCUAAUGGAAAGACUGUAAUUCCUCAUGUGCCUUUGGAAAUCUCUGAUGAGCCAAGAUACGGUUACAUCGGGCUGCUUCUUGAUAUAUCAAGAAAUUAUUAUCCAAUGGAGACCCUUAAGACUAUUAUCAACGGUAUGAGGAUGUCAAAAGUGAAUGUACUUCAUCUACAUCUGACUGAUGACGAUAGUUUCCCAAUAGAUCUUCCCUCUUUCCCAGGAAUGGUAAAGCAUACUGCUCUUUCUCCUGAAGAAGUUUACACUGUGAAGGAUAUUCAUGAAAUAAUAAGCUAUGCAAACCAGAAUGGAGUCAAAGUUAUCCCUGAGUUCGAUAUUCCAGGCCACACUCGAUCAAUUGGAGAUGACCCAUCCUUCAGCCAUCUGAUGACGUGUCUUAACAGAAUUUCUAAAUGGCAGAUGCCUGAUGGUACUAGAAUUAAAGGAGGACCUUCAGGAGGAGUUUUAAAUCCAACCCUUGAAGAAACUUACGAUUUUGUAGACAAAGUUAUUAAUGACUUAAGAAAGAUUUUCUCCUCAUCUGAUUUCGUCCAUCUUGGAGGAGACGAAGUCAACACAAACGCAUGCUGGGUACUUGACGAAAAAAUUGGACAAUGGAUGCAAGAAAAUGAAUUUGCUAAUGGAAAUGAACUUUUUGCCUACUUCCAGCAAAAAGUCGGCACCCUUGCAAAGGAGUCUGGUGUUAGAACUGCUCAUUGGGUCUACCAGAACAACUGGGACUUGAAAUGGGAUGAAGGAUCAGUACUUCAGUACUGGGGAGACUCUCAAUAUAUUCCUAAAUUCCAAGAGACAUAUCCAGAUCAUCAACAUAUACUAUCUGUACAUGAGCUAUUUUAUUUCGAUUGUGGUCUUGGAAACAGAUAUGGAGUUGAUCUUUGUAAUCCUUACCAGACAUGGGCUAGGAUUAAGAUGUUUGAGCCAACAGAUUAUUAUUCCCCAGACAGUGACCAACUCCUUGGAGGAGAGGGAGCAAUGUGGAGCGAGCUUAACACUGCCCAUAAUGUCUUCAAUAAAAUCUGGCCAAGACUCGGAGUUAUUUCAAGUAUAUUCUGGUCUGGGAAGGUCGAAAAACCCUUCAAAUGGGGAGACAUCGUUGAAGAACUUGUCAGUUAUAGAGAUUAUCUUAAGGCUAAUGGAGUUGAAGCAAACCAAGUUACAUCAAGGUACUGUGAAGCAAAUCCCCACAAAGUUUUUGAUGCUUGGGACUCAGAAGAUUUUGAAUCAAUUGAAUAUUUGUUUGCUUAG